AUGGACACUCUCCUGUAAGUAUAGAUCAUAAGCUCUUCGCGCAGGUUGCCACGUCGUACACGCGCCGAGUCUGUAAUGCAUAAUGCCUUCUUGAGAGCUAACGAUAACCCCAUGCAGAACAGCGGACCUUGCGGCGAAGUCGUCCAAUUUCAGACGACGAUCAAGCACCUAUGUCGAUGCGAUCCAUGAUCUGCCGGAGAAGGCCUCCAUGGCCCCAGCCCAAUUGUACUCGACAGAAUCUGGACGUCUCUUUCAUUCCGGACGAAUUGUGAUCGCAACUGUUGGUCUUCCGGCACGAGGCAAGACACACACCAGUGUGGCCCUUGCACGGUAUCUUCGAUGGCUUGGAGUCAAGACUCACAUCUUCCACCUGGGCGAUUAUCGCAGAGCUUUCGUUGGAGCGAAGGGUGAUGUCCCGGAUGACUACUUCCACGUCAACGCCAGUACAUCGUCUGUCCUUCUCCGCAACAAGAUACUUAAGAAGUGUCGAGAAGAUAUCUUCCAUUUCCUGAACCAUGAAAACGGCCAGAUUGCAAUCUACGACGCCGUGAACCCCCUUGCCCAAGGACGUCGUGCUCUGGCCAAGGAAUUCGAGAAGCACAAUGUGCAGACCAUGUUCAUCGAGAACACUUGCACAGACGAGCGGAUUAUUGAGGAGAAUGUGAGAUCCGUCAAGAUCAGCUCUCCAGAUUACAUCGGUUGGUCUCCCGAGGAUGCUGUCCGAGACUAUCUCAACCGCAUCAACGCACGGAUACCGCAUUACGAAUCUGUGGAAGAAAAGGACUUGCACUAUGUGAAGAUGAUCAAUGCCGGGGAGCGAGUAGUCGUGAACGCCUGCGCAUUUGGGUAUCUCUCUCAGAGAAUUGUGUUCUACCUCCUGAAUCUGCACAUCAAAAGCCGACAGACUUAUUUCGUUCGAGCUGGCACCGCUAGGGACGAGGAGAACUACAAGGGCGAUGCAAGUCUGAGCGCUGAGGGACAAGAUUAUGCCCGCAAGAUGUCUGAAGCCUUGUUGGCCCACCGCGAGGCUGAACGGCAAAGCAUGAUCAAGCAGGGGGCGCCUGAGUCGACAGCGUUGAAGCCCCUGACAAUCUGGACCUCGACACGGAAACGAACCGUCGAGACAGCUGCAUAUCUGGAGCAGAAGGGCUACCGAGUACGACAGCGAAGUCAGAUGAGCCAGCUGAAUCCGGGAGUCUGCGAGAAGCUCAGCGAGAGAAGAAUACGUGAGCUCUUCCCCGAAGAAGUGUCAAAGCACGAGCAGGACCCAUAUCACCACCGCUAUCCUAGAGCCGAGGUAAGGCAUUCACGACAUAUCAUUCCUCCAUUAUAGCUUGAGCUUACAAAUUUCCCCAGUCCUACCACGACCUCGCCGUCCGCCUCGAACCGAUCAUCCUCGAACUCGAACGCGAACAAAACGACCUCCUCAUCAUCGCCCACGAAUCCGUCCUCCGCGUCCUCUACGGCUACCUCAUGGCCUGCUCCGCCCACGACAUCCCCUCCCUCGAAUUCCCCCGCGACGAAAUCAUCGAAAUCAUCCCGGCCUCUUACAACAAUAAUUCCAAACACAUCCACAUCCCCGACCUCCCCCGGCAGAUCGUCCCGGGCUCACCGGAGGAUAUCCGAAUCCCCGUCCCUACGCCUUCCGGCUCGAUCAGCCCUGCCACCAUCGGCACGCCGGCGCGCUCCAGUUCCCCGGAUCGCGAAAUGACAGCUGCGACGGGCAUGCUACCCAUUCGAAAUCCCGCCACCAGCACGACGGCAACAGGCAAUAAUGUCAGUUCGAGACCUUAG